UUCAAAGAUUCGUCAACACACUACUCUGAUUUCUGACAUCACUAACCAAUUGAUCACGAGACUAGCUCGAUUAAUCCUCUGUUAAAUUUCAGUUAAUGAUUUUCAUUGAACUAGUUUAAUAUAUCUUCACCACGCUGCUCCUGCCACAUGUUUAUUAAAAUGAUAAAGACGAUGAUAUCAUGAGUUUUUAAUGAUAUUUCGUGACAUCAUGUUGCGUCAUCGUUAAAAUUUAAGCAUUGACGGAGGUCUCAGUCAGCGUUAGAGACCCAUCAAACUUGAUAAAGCAUAAAUCGUAUGCAGAGGGUUCUACCAAGUGGGAAUGGAAGUGGAGUGAAUCAGUCGUUUAAUAAUGUAGUAACUGACAAAAUGCCAUUUGCAGCUGUAGGAGUGUUAGGGAUGGAUUCUUACGAUCUCUACAAGAAGUGCAACAGAAGUUUUCAGGAAUUUAAGAAACUGGAUGUCACACGGUAUCAUGAUCCUAGAUAUCAUCCUCCCCUGGGGCGGGACCUCCUCUAUCUACCUGAAGAAGAAUAUAUCGAAAAGCUUGAGCACGGGCAGCAACGGUCCCUUAAUAGGGACAAUAGAAAUUCAUUACCUGAUUAUCAUAGUCUAUGUGAAACUGUAACGGAAACAGUGCGGCUAGAUGAUUCUGAGUACGAGUACCAACCGCCUCUUUAUCACGAAGUUUACUGUAAAAGUUAUAAUUUGCUAGAUAGCUUGCAACGCGCCACGAAUCCAUCGAAGCAGAAAUGCGUGCAUAAUGGCUUUCAUUGCGUGCAAAGAAGUAAAAGCUUGUUAUUGGUAAGGCGGCGAUGGGAGAACGAAUGUUGGGAACCUUUCGUCAAGCAGAUUGCCAGUGGUUGUGAUUGCAUGUGGCCAAAAUCUGCCCUAGGAGAUAUAACUAAUCAUUACUAGUCUCCAAUAGUCUAUGUGUAGUCCAUAGGUGAAGCAGGAAGGUUAACGAUUAAGGAAUGGAAAGAUAAAUUCUUCUGGCAUCACAUUUCAAUCCAUUGAUCACUUUGCAGUGGUGCAGUAGAUAGAAUCAUUAUGUAUAUUAUGAAUUAUACUUAAAUUUGUGAUCUAUAUUAUUUGUUAGUUAAAGUUGUUUAUUUCAUUGUUUUUCUUUUAUGUAGCUAUAAGUGCUUAACAAAAUAAAAACGAUUUUUUGUUCUUUUA